CAAAAAUAACGGGCACCUUGAUAAAUUUAGUGAUAUUCAACCUUAAACAAAAUGGCUGCCAGUCGCAGCAAUAACCAGGAUAAAAACCUCAGUAAAAUACCUUCUCUUGACUACAGCAAUGAUGAAGAACUGAACGAGGACACACGUCUUAUGUACGAGAAAUAUAAAGAAAAGAUGGAUAACACCUCGUUGGAUGUAUGUAUAUUUAUGCGGGACAGAUCAGGAAUACAUGUACAGUUAGAGGAAGGUCAUCAUGCAGAGGCUGAUGAUCUGUUCGAUAUUGUACUACAGGAUCAGGGUUUACCUGCAGAAUGUGAAGAUGUGUUCGCCUUGUGGCUUGUUUCUCCAUUACUAGAGUUGAGAUUAAAGAAGAAACACAAACCAUUCUUUAUGGUACAACAGUGGGACGAACUCUGCUCAAAAUACACAGACGCAAAAGCUGAAGAAAUACAUGAUGAUGAACCAGUGUUAAUGUUCCAAAGAAAUGUUUUCUUCCCGAAAGAACGUGAAGUAAAUAUCACAUAUGAACAAGUACUACGCAUUUUAUACCAUGAGGCCAAGUAUAAUGUAUUAGAAGGCAGGUAUAUACUCAACUCAGAUGAGUACCACACACUGGCUGGUAUUCAGGCAUUACUCAGCAUGGAUAAAUAUAACUCCAGAGAUCAUAUUAUAGAAACUUACAGAGCAAGCUUGCAUCAGUUUUAUCCAGAGCAUGUUUACAGAAAGCCAACAGGUUUUUUCGCAAAGCGUAAAAGUCAAGGUCCAAAGGAUGCUGUUGAAGAGCGAUGGCUUAAUGCUCACCGUCAGGUUUCUCAGGAAUAUGAAAAUGAUGAUAUUGAAAAUAAACGUGGGGAAUUAUACCGCCGAUAUCUGGAGAUUUUAUGGCCUUAUCCUUUUUAUGGGGCAGCUUUCUUUGACAGCUUUAUAAACAAACCACAGGGUAAAUUGGGAUUCUUGAAACGUUCACACAAUAUUGAGACAUGGACAGCUAUCAAUACAAAUGGUGUAUGCUUGAUAGAUAGGGAAAAAGAUGAAGUACUGCUGGCGGUACCUUAUACAGAAUUAUGUUGGGAGUAUGGAGAGCCUCAGUUUGAUGUUGAUGAUGAUGCUUUCCCUUGUGUCUUUCUACAGUUCCUCGUGAAUGAAAGUAUGCCUGAGGGGGGCGACAGAAAGGUCACCAAAGUUCUACAAGUGUAUUCCAGACAGGCAAAAAUGAUGAUAGCUUUAAUAGAAUCAUGUGUUGAACGUAAGAAGUUAGCAAGACGAGGUAUUCCCGCACUUGAUGAUGUAGAUGGUAUGACAGG